UGCGGCGGGUGGCGGGUCGCGGCGACGGCUACACGUCCAACUACACGUCGUUUACGGUCGUCGCCGAGAGAGGUUCUGACGUGACGUUUGUACUGGAUUACGGAGACGGCUCCACUCAGACUCUCCUCGGACUCUUCCACCCCGCCUUCGGACACCAGUUCGCCGAGGGCCGCCACCGCUACACGCGCGAGGGCGCCUACGUCGUCACGGCGACGGCGCAAAACAUCCUCGGCGAGGUCCUCGCGCCGGCCGUCGAGUUCCACGCCCAGGUGGCGCCGACGGACCUGCGUCUGAACGACACGAAGUUCUUCACGCGGCUCGGCGACGCGACGCGAUUCGCCGCCGUCACGUCCGCCGGCACGAACCUGACGUUUGAUUGGUCGUUCGGCGACGAGAGCGACGUGAUUGGCCGGCGCGCGUGGCACGUCUCGCACCGCUACCUGGUGGCGGGCGACUACAGCGUGCGCGUGCGCGCCUACAACUUGGUCGGCGAGGAGAUAGUGAGCGCACUGGUGUAUGUGGAGAGCCCUGUGCAAGGUGUGGAGCUGCGUGUGGGACAGAUGCUUUAUGCGACGCAGCAGAAGAUAGAGCUGACGGCAGUGAGUGAGACGGACGCGCCACGCUGGUACGCGUGGCACAUGGGCGACGCCCGCCGCGACAACGUCAACACCGUGUCACCAACCCGUCACUACGCAUACGACCUGCCGGGAAGGUACGUUGUACAGGUGCUGGCCGUCAACCACAUCAGCAACGCCAGCUCUCAGCCCGUCGAGCUCGUCCUGCAGACAGCCGUCAGCGAGCUGUCGAUCGUGCACGCCGGCUCGGCGCUGCGUGGCAACGCGACGACGCUGCGAGUACGCUUCACGGGAAGCGACCUGACCCUCGAGUGGAACUUUGGUGACGGACACGCGGCGACGGUGACGCAGCAGAACACCUCGGUCAAUCACACGUUCGACAGAAUCGGGGAGUAUGAGGUAUCCGUGAAAGCUUACAACGACAUCAGCACAGCGAAGGCCACCCUGACGCUGUUUGUCGUGGAGAGGCCUUGUAAAACACCUGCGAUCAGCUUUGGUUUGCUUGGCACAGACAGUAGCCACCAUACGUUUGAGAGGGCGACGAGUGUUGUCAUUGAGCCUGUGGUGACCAUCGAAUGCAGCAUGACCGAGGUGGCCAACUUCCAGUGGUCGCUCUAUCACAGACUCAACAGUUCCCAACUAUCCCCGCCGGGUCUCGAUAAAGCCACGCUCCAACAGAGGGUGCUGUAUCUAGACAAGAACCUGCUACAUUAUGGCGACUACAGGGCCAUGCUGAAGGUUAAGAUGAACGGUACAUUUGUCUACACGAUGACGGAGGUUAACUUCUCCGUCGUUGCGUCGCCGCUACAGAGCGUGAUCGGCGGCGGCAGACAGAGGAACGUGAGCCGACAGGACGUGCUGGAACUGAACGCGUCGGCGUCCCACGAUCCCGACUUCCCCCGUGAUGCCUCGUUUAGCUACCGCUGGACCUGCCAGCCGCUGCACACGCCCACGGCCCCCUGCUUCCGGGACGGACACGAACUGCCACGCAACGCCACCGACCCCGUGCUGCGGUUGCCCGCGGCGACGUUCGCGUCCGAGCACAGCAGCUUCCUCGUUAAGGUGACGGCGGAGAAGCCGGGGAGGAGAUCUCGCGUCGCCUCACAGCUGCUGCAGCUGAACGACGAUGCGGCGGCGGCGGGGACCCUUGCAAUCCUCGUCGACUGUAAGGCGUGCGAGAACGGCUACGUGAACGACGACGACGUGCCUGCGUUCAGCGCCAUCUGUCCACGAUGCGACGAGAGCAACGUCGACUAUCUGUGGAGCGUGUACGUCGUAGCCGACGGACACCAAACAGGUACGCAAUAUUUACUAUAG